AUGUUAAACAGCGACAUGAAUGUGGAGAAUGGCGGCGGCGACGCUAAUUCCAAUGUGUCACCGACCAAACUCAUGGUCAACUAUAUCCCCGAAUUGAUGACGCGGGACAUGAUGUACGCGCUUUUCUCUGCGAUGGGAAAGAUCGAGAGUUGUAAACUGAUAGCGAAUAGAGGAUAUGGGUUUGUGGAAUACGAGAAACACGAGGACGCAGAGAAGGCGCGGGCCGCGUUUAACGGCCUGUUGAUGCAGGGCAAGACCUUAAAAGUGUCAUUCGCACUCCUCAAUCCAGAGAAUAAGGUCAGCCACAAGCCCGACACCGAGUCGAAUCUCUACAUAAGCAAUCUACCUCCAGAUAUGACCCUUGAAAGACUGAACAGCCUUUUUAGUCAAUUCGGAAAUAUAACUAACAGCAGAGUAUCACAGGGUAUCGGAUUCGUGUGCUACGAAAUCAGACAGCAGGCGGAGGACGCGAUACAACAUAUGAACGGCCAGUCACCGAUACCCGGCGCGGGGGCGAUCGUAGUGAAGUUUGCAAACAAGCCCAGUGCGAAUAAAAACGCUCCCCGGCCGAGGGUGGGCAUAGCGGCGGCACCGAUAGCCUAUAACGGUGCGACGGCUGUCUUCAACGGUACCACUCCUGCCUUCAACGGUACGAACUUAAGCGCAGCGUUCGGAGCUCGGCCUGCGGCGGCUUUCGCGCCGGGCUUCCCUCAGGCCUCACCGCCGCCUCUGUUACCGUCCCCUGGUAAGGCUCUGCCGUUCAUCAACAAGGGCCAACAGCGCUACAAUCCCAUGGCGGCCGCUAAUCACACUCCUCUGCCACUAAUAGGCGCGCCGGCCAGCCCGGUGCCCCUGCUGGGCGCGCCGGCCGCCCCCCACCAGACCACCGUGUACGUAUACAACAUUGGCGAGGACACUGAGGAGCUCGCCCUGUGGCAACUCUUCGGCCCCUACGGUGCCAUCGACUCCAUCAAAGUGAUCAAGGACCCGGAGACGAAGAAGAACAAAGGUUUCGCGUUCGUCAAUAUGCGCGAGUACGACGAGGCCGCCAUGGCCAUCCAGGCGCUCAAUGGCUACACGCUCAAUGGACAGGUUCUAUCGGUUAGCUUUAAGACUCAGAAGAGAAAUAAU